AUGACACACACCAAGAAGAAGACGACGACGACGACGAAGAUGACCCUUCCAGUCUCGCAGUCAAUUCCUGUCCGCAAGCGCGCCAUAGACGAAGAUGAUGGAGCUCACGAUUCCGGUCGCUCGUCCCCUUCAAAGCGCGUCAGAUUCGAAAAAAGGCGACUCGCCCCGACAAACGCCUGCACUAAAGCCCGCGAGAACCCGCCGAUAGGACGUCCAAGUUUCUAUUCUCUUCGUCACCCGCUCCACGGAGGGAAGAGAAACCCUGAAGAAGACGACGACGAGGAUGCCGCAGCUUCGCAGAAGCAGAAGGAGAGACUACAUGAGAAGUUUGUCAAGAAGCUGGGUCGACCAGAUAGCUUUGCUGAACUGAGGAGGCGCAACAAGAUCAUAUCCGAGGACAACCCCAAUGCCAAUGGCGAAGAAGGCGACGGCGACGAAGAGGAUGAGGAUGAGCCUCCCCAGAAGCCUGCCAAGGGAAGAAGGGCGCUGCGACAAGAAGGCAAACAAGCUGACGCCGAUGGAGAUACAAUACUUGGACAUCAAGCGGAAAGCAUCUGGAUACCGUCAUCGUCAUGGAGGUUGGUUACAGUACAGUUCUUUGGCGAGGAUGCAAGAACGGCUUCGAAAGAGCUGGGCAUCGUCUGCAUACCAGAUACGACGAGCACCCUUCCGAGCCCACCUCGACCGAUUCGCGUCCGCCAACUUCCCCACGCAUCGACUGGCAAGUCCCACGUCAAGCGUCUCGUACAAGCAAACCACAAGGUCGGAGUCGUCAGGCAGCUAGAGACAGCCGCGCUUAAAGCGGCUGGCACAUAUGUGGACGAUGUUGAGGGCUUGGAGGCGCCUACCGAGGGCUCAGGCGCAAGCGUACAGUCGACCGGAUAUCUGCUUUGUAUCACCGAGAGCAAUGCAAAAGGCUGGGGUACUGACGAGAAAGUACAAGUCGGGUUGGUGGCUGUCCAGCCUGCGACUGGCGAUAUCAUUUACGAUGAUUUCGAAGAUGGAUUCAUGCGUAGCGAGAUCGAGACACGCUUGCUUCAUAUCGCGCCAGCAGAGUUCCUCGUAGUUGGCGACAUGUCCAAGGCUACAGACAAGCUGAUACAACAUCUAUCAGCCAGUAAGACCAACGUCUUCGGAGACAGAUCGCGGGUGGAGAGGGUUGAAAAGCCGAAAACAAUGGCUGCACAGGCCUACAGUCACAUCUCAAAUUUCUACGCGGGCAAGAUGAAGUCCAGCCAGGAAGCAGACUCGGAAAAGCAAGGCGCUGUUCUGGACAAGGUACAUCAGUUGUCGGAGCAUGUAACCAUCUGCCUCUCAGCGAUGAUCACAUAUCUCAGUGAGUACGGUCUGGAACACGUCUUUGAUCUCACAAAGUACUUUCAGCCUUUCAGUGCCAGGUCUUACAUGUUGCUGAACGGAAACACACUCUCUAGUUUGGAGAUCUACCAGAAUCAAACGGACUACACCUCGAAGGGCAGCUUGUUCUGGACCAUGAACAGAACAAAGACCCGCUUUGGGCAACGGUUGCUGAGAAAGUGGGUUGGCCGACCGCUGAUAGAUAAGGAGAGAUUAGAAGAGCGCAUAGCAGCGGUGGAAGAGCUCAAGGAGGGCGAGAACACCAUCCCUGUCGACAAGCUCAAGUUCGUGCUCGGAAAGAUCAGGACCGAUCUCGAAAAGGUGCUCAUCCGCAUAUACUACAAGAAGUGCACAAGGCCGGAAUUGUUGGCAGCUUUGCAAAGUCUGCAGGAGAUUUCGAGCCAAUACUUGUCGGCGAAGACACCCGAACAAAGUGGCUUCUCCUCGUCACUACUGAGCGAAGCCGUUUCGAAUGUUCCGAAGAUAUACGAUGAUUUGAACAGCUUUCUGGAGAGGAUCAAUGCCAAAGCCGCAAAAGACGACGACAAGUACUCGUUCUUCCGCGAAGAACAUGAGGCGGAAGACAUUAACGAUCUGAAAUUGAGCAUUGCCUCUGUGGAAGACGACCUCAAUACUCACCGAAAGGACGCAGCUGCCAAGCUGGGGAAGAGCAAAGUAGACUUCGUCACUGUAGCUGGCAUCGAGUACUUGAUUGAGGUCAAGAGGAAGGCACCCGAAGAGAAGAAAGUGCCAGCUUCGUGGCAGCAGAUCUCAGCUACGAAGACUACACUACGUUUCCAUACGCCAGAGGUUAAGCGCAUGCUACAAGAGCGAGAUCAGUACAAGGAGUCGCUAGCGGCAGCAUGCGACAAAGCCUACAUAGCUUUGUUAGAGGAGAUAUCAUCCAAGUACCAACAAUUGCGAGACUGUGUAGCUUCUCUAGCCACGCUCGACGCCCUCCUCUCCCUGGCUACCUUGGCAAGCCAGCCAGGUUACGUCAAGCCGACCUUCACAGACGACAUCGGGCUCAACAUCGCUGGUGGUCGGCAUCCCAUGGUCGAGCAAAUACUCCUCGAAAACUAUGUACCCAACGACCUCUCCCUCUCACACGAUUCCACCCGUGCUCUCCUCAUCACAGGCCCCAACAUGGGCGGGAAAUCCUCCUAUGUGCGGUCUGCAGCUCUAAUCGCCAUCAUGGGCCAAAUAGGCUCCUACGUCCCCGCGAACGAAGCACGACUUGGCAUGCUAGACGCGGUCUUCACUCGCAUGGGCGCAUUCGACAACAUGCUCAAAGGUGAAUCGACCUUUAUGGUUGAGCUCAACGAAACCUCGGACAUACUCAAAUCUGCAACGCCCCGUUCUCUCAUCAUUCUCGAUGAGCUGGGUCGCGGCACGUCAACCUUUGACGGUGUCGCCAUCGCAGAAGCAGUACUCGACUAUGUUAUCCGGGACCUGCAGUCGCUCACGCUCUUCAUCACGCACUACCAGCAUCUGGCCAAACUGUCGAGCCGCUUCUCCAACGGUGAGCUCAAGAACGUUCAUAUGCGCUUUGAAGAGCAGAAUGGCGGGAAAGAAGUCGUGUCUUGUACGAAGCUACCGAAGGUAUUAGUCACCGAUCUUACGGCCUGA